AUGAUGUGGAAAACCCUGAAAAAGAUCCCCUCCCUCCUCCACCUAUCAUUGAAUCAAAAAACUGCUUUACAAUACUUCACAAGUGCAUCAGGCGUAUUCCUUUUCGGGUCCCUCAACUUUCUCCAACAUGACAGAUUAGACCUUCAAACAAUGUGGCGUUUCCUUCCAGCUGCUAUUAUCUUCUAUCUUUCUCUCUUCACAAACAGUGAACUCCUCCUUCAUGCAAAUGUUGACACCUUCAUUGUAUUUCGAUCAGCAGUUCCAAUCUUUGUUGCCAUUGGAGAAACCCUUUACCUCCACCAACCAUGGCCUUCACUAAAGACAUGGCUUUCACUUGCCACCAUUUUUGCAGGGAGUGUGGUUUAUGUCAUCACAGAUUACCAAUUUACCCUCAUGGCGUACACUUGGGCUUUAGCAUAUCUUAUAAGCAUGUCCAUAGAUUUUGUGUACAUAAAACAUGUGGUAAUGACAAUCGGUUUGAACACAUGGGGUCUUGUUCUUUACAAUAAUCUUGAAGCUCUGUUACUUUUCCCAUUGGAGUUGUUGAUAAUGGGGGAAUUGAAGAAGAUAAGACAUGAAAUUAAAGAGGAGACAGAUUGGUAUUCUUUUGAGGUGAUUUUGCCAGUGGGUUUAUCAUGUUUGUUUGGUUUGGCGAUUUCUUUUUUUGGAUUUUCUUGUAGAAGGGCGAUUUCGGCAACGGGUUUUACAGUUCUUGGGAUUGUGAAUAAGCUUUUAACUGUGGUGAUUAAUUUGAUGAUUUGGGAUAAACAUUCGAGUUUUAUUGGGACAAUUGGGCUUUUGAUUUGUAUGUUUGGUGGGGUUAUGUAUCAGCAGUCUACUAGCAAGAACCCUAAUUCCAAACCUGUUGAUGUUAAACAAGUUGUUGUUCAAGAAGAUGAGCAACAAAAACUGCUUGAAAUGCAAGAUGUCAUGAGUUCAGAGGAAGCAAAAUGAGUUACAUGUUUUAAAAGUAUUGUUUUUUUACACAUUUGUUGCAGUAGUGUACACUGGAAAAUUGUUAUUUUACUUAAAAUAUUGUAGAAUAGGUCAAAGAUUCAUUUUUUUUAAUCAAAGGAGGACAUCAUAUGUGCUUAAAAUUGAAAUAAACAAGACCUC